GGAUAAAGUGUAAAUCCAAAUACAACGAGCUGAAAAUUAUAGAGGCAGAGAGAGAGUAUGUGAUGAUGGCUGCUUCAUCGUCAAUAAUCUUCUCAACAAAACCAACUUCACUGCCGAUUUCUCUCAGCCUUCCCUCUCGCGCCUUCUCUACGUUCCUUGUUCCCUCCGCGAACCCUAACCCUAUUUCCCAUCGCCGCCGAUUGAUCCCCUUAUCUUCUUCCAGAAAUGGAAGCAGUCAGCAACCUGAUACCGAAUGCCCCGUUCCUCUCGAUCAGCAGCCGAUUAACGAAUACCAGGCCUUGUCAACUUCUUUCCCUUUUUCCUGGGCCUCCGGCGACGUCGUCGAGUAUGGUUCUAGGCUAUUUGUUACAGGCGCCUCAUUUGCUCUACUCAUCGGUCUUCCAGUUUCCUGGUUCGGUUCGACCGGACCGGCAAGAGAACCACUGGUGCCGAUCUUGACAGCGCUUUCCAGUGGGUUUUUGGUUGUCACGCUUGCUGUUGUGAGGAUGUAUCUAGGUUGGGCUUACGUAGGCAAUCGAUUACUUAGUGCAACUGUUGAGUAUGAAGAGACCGGCUGGUACGAUGGCCAGAUAUGGGUGAAGACAGCUCAAGUAUUGGCACGUGAUAGGCUUCUUGGUUCAUUCUCUGUGAAACCUGUGCUGAACAGAUUGAAAGAUACACUUAUAGGACUUGCAGUAGGGUUGUUUACAUGCUUUCUCCUCCUAAUGAACCUGGAAGGAAGUAGCAAGAUCACCUACAUAUCAUCGCCCGAAGCUGGUGGGAGGUCUGUUCCUGGGGUUUAUAACGAUGAAUCUGCAAGAUCAUUCGAACCUGAUGCAUUUUGUGGUGAACCCAGUCUGGAAUAAGUUGUUGCUGGUCAAUCUGUAAGUAUUUUGUAUAUUACACUAUUGUUUUAGUAUCAAUUUCAUUAAUUAGAUGUAUAAUUAAUGAAAUUGUUAGGAAUAUAUUAACCCUCUUUUUCACUUCU